UCGUAAAACGAGCUUUGAGCUGUGCAAGCAUGUUACGCUGUCAACUAAAAUUUUCGCUAACAAUUUUCCUUUUAUUCGCAUUUAUCUACCCUCAACAGAAUGCUGUGCAGGCAGCACCAGGCUGUGAUGGCGAUUGCUUAGAAAAUAAAUUGGACGAAAUAUUGUCAAAAUUACAAACUUUGAAUGGCAAAGUCGAAUCGUUUGCCACACAUCCGGGAAUUGAACCAACAGCAGCUUGUACACAUCACCCACAUGCACAUCGCAAGCAACAUGUAACGGAAGGUCAAGAGGACGUCGAGUCGCAACACCAACGACGCCACCAAACACGAAACUUUCCAAGACUCGCUACUUCCUCGCUUGGCAACGGCAGCGGCAACAACCAUAAAUGUGCAGAGCGUUUAGCGCAGAUUUGUCAAAAUGUUGGUGUUAGUGAAAUUCAGUUGGACGAUGACAAAGUGUCACCAUUCAAAGUGCUUUGCAGUGCCGAACAUUGGAUUGUUGUUUUACAGCGCUUAGAUGGCUCAGUCGCUUUUCACAAUCGCACCUGGGCUACAUAUAAGCAAGGUUUCGGUAGUGUAGGUGAAAAAACGGAAUUCUUCUUGGGUUUACAACAUUUACAUGAACUGACCUAUAGCGGUUUCUUUGAAAUACGCAUUGAUUUGGAAGAUUUUCAAGGUGUAGAAAGGUAUGCACAUUAUAGUGACUUUAGCGUCUUCACUGAACAUGCCGACUACAAAAUGGGCAUAUUAGGGAUUUAUCAUGGCACAGCCGGUGAUUCGUUUAUGUAUCAUGAAGGUCAACAGUUUAGUGCGAUUGAUCGCGAUAAUGACGCCAAAGCGCAAGGUAGCUGUAGUGAGGAGUAUAACAGCGCGGGCUGGUUUAAGAAUUGCAUGGAAGCCAAUCUAUUUGGUAAAUAUUUGCACGGCGACACGGAUAAGUUCAAAGAAGGCAUGUACUGGGAAACUUUUCAUGGUCCAGAAUACUCACUUAAAACAGUUAAAUUGUCUGUUCGGGCCAAAUGUUGAAUUCGAUUGGAGUUUUAAUUGAAUUUAUGUUUUGUAAAAGAUAUAUAAAUACAUACAUAUAUAAUGACGACCAAU